GAGUAGUUAAUAAAUUUUUAUUUUUUUCUUCGUUAGUAGGCCCAAUUUCUCUUUCUUAAAUCGUGUUAUAUUUUAAAGUAAGAUAUAGUUGUGUAUUUUAUAUUAUUUUCACAAUUAUUUUGGUUGUUGAUUUAUUAUCAUAGUAUUUAUUUUGGUGUGUGUUAGACAGUUUCAUAUUUUAUCAUCCUUUGCUUUCUUUUAAUGAAUAGUUAAAUUAACUAUUUGUAAGAAAUAAUUAGUGUUAACAAAACUAGUAGUUUAUGCAUCUUAUCUCGUUUAAAUAAAGUAUAUAUAAGAUUAUAAUUAGUGUAAACAAAACUAGUAGUUUAUGCAUCUUACAUCUUUUGGCUUAGAAUAUAUAUACAUUUAGAUAAUAAUUAAAUGGAAUAAAUGUAUAAUGCUUUCGGCCGAUUUCCAAACCCGGUGCGCGAGCGUACCCGUAAGUCAUGAGAUUCCAAGAGAUUAGUCUAGAUCUGUUUUGGCAUGAAAUUUACUUUUAGUUGUAAAUAUAUAUAUAUAUAUAUAUAUAUAUGUAUCAUGCUAUAUACGCAGAAUAUGACAUGAUAAAGACUAUGAAUCUAUGGUAUGUUGAUGCGUUUUGGUUUGAUUUCUAUUUAUAGUUUUUUGUUAAAUUUAAUUAUAUUGCUUUUCACUUUAGCUUCCCCUUACAGAGACAUCAUUCGUAGGGCAAUUCAAAGUUUUUAUAGUAUAUUUUUUUGGUACUACCAAAGUUCUUUUAAUAUUAGUUGAUGAAUAAGAAACGUUGACAAAAGAGGUUAAGGAAAUAAGAAACAAUAAUAAUUGAAAGCGGUAGUUCUCACUUGCGAUUGGCAUAUGUGUUUUUAGUUCAGUUGUUCGGCUAACGAUAGACGAUAGUCCUUACUCGCGUGAUUUCACGGACUCGUAAGCAUAUCUGAGCUCAUUUUGAUCUCUUAUGUAAAAGCUCAUGGAAAAAAGGACAGUUCAAAAUAUCAUAUUUAAAAGCACAAUGAAGUGGUUUCACUCUAAUUUAUAUUAACGAUAUCACACAUGAUGAUUAACUCUUUGAUUCGAAUUGUAGCUUCUCAUGCAGCACAUUGAGCUUGUUUCCCCCUCUCAAGAAAUGACGUUGUUAUUAUCAUGAGCAACACUAUAAUUAAGCUUGACAUGAUUUAAUUUUUAUUUAUUUAGUAAAUUGGUUUUUUAGAGCAUUUCUAAAAGAUAUUUUAUAACUUCAAAUAUGAAAUUUUUUCUCUCCAAAAUAAAAUUUCAAAACUUCAAAUUUAAAAUUUUAAGAAGAGAAACUCGAUAUUUGAAGUCUCACAACUUAAAACUUCAAAUUUAAAGUUUCAUAUUUUUGUUUGCAUUUAAGUCCCUAUAAUUACACAUCACAUGUAUGAUUCUUAAAUAUUUUCUCGUUUAUCAUUUUAAUCUUUAAAAAAAUUAUAUCUCAUAAAUAUUUUAAUUUUUUUUUAUAAAUUUAAUUUUUAUACAUAAAAUAAAAUAAAAUUUUAAAAUAAGAUUUAAACUAGACAACAACAAUGUAAAAAAAGAAACUUAACAAAAUGAAUUUUAAAAAUUACAUAAAAACAUAACUAUUACACAAAUUUAAAUAUCAACAACACUAUUGUCACGUAAAUUUGAUCCAGAACCUCUAAAAUCUCCUCCAAACAAAUUUUAUGUAACCAAAUAUAGUUGUUGUUGUUGUUGUUGUUGUUUUUAAUGUAUUUUUGCACAAUUCUUUCUUGUUUAGAUCAAAUGUAUUCACGAGUAUUAAUAUCAUCGAUAGAAGUUAAGUCUUUUAGAAAUAUUUUUUUUUCCUCUUUUACUUUCCUUUUCAGAUCUAAUAUAUUUACAAGUAUUAAUAUUCCUCGACUUCAAAAUUUUUUAGCUCGUAAUCUACAAAUUAUAAAUGAUCAUAUAUGCAUUACGAAAAUAUAUGAUCAUAUAUGCAUUAACUUCGAAAUGCACUAGAUGAUCAUAUAUGCAUUACGAAAAUAAUUUUAUGAAAUCUUAUGGUAUUUUUUUCUUGAAGUUUGAUACUCCCUCCGUUUUGUUUUUGAAGUAGUUUAACAAGAUUUCACAUGGAUUAAGGCAGUUAACAUAAUGUAUGUUUUGUCUUUCUUUGUCUUUGAAAUAACGUGUGCACUUAUUUUAGAUUACUACUCCCAAUCUCUCACUAAUUAGUCAAAUGUUACUAAUCCCAAUUUAUUCUGGUCUCAGCCAUUUAACACCAUCAUGAUUUCACAGAAGUAUAUAAAUGCUCAAUUAUUCCUUUCGUCAACUCUAUAUGUUGAUUUGAGAACAUACGGGUAAAUAAGAUUUGUAAAUUUUUUAACAAAUUAUGGAGCCAAAUAUUAAUCAUCUUAAUCUUUGGCCUCUGCUUUCUCUUUGGUCUCUUCAUUCUUCAUUUUUUAGUGAAUGAGUUUCGUUGAAUAACAAGUGGAUUAUAUAGUGGACGAUGCUGAGAUUUUAUAGUUACUGAAUUUACAUUAUUAAAUUUUCAAUUGAAUGAAAAUGGCAUGUUUUGUAAAACGUGGAUUGCUCUGAAACUUGAAAUGAUUGACUGAAAAAUAAUUUUAAAAUCAAAGGGUAGAUAAAGUCUAAAAUGAUCAAAUGUUACAUAGAAGUUUGGAAACGGCUAUUAUUUUGACACAAAACAAAAUCCCUAAAACGACUUAAAAAACAAAACGGAGGGAGUAUUAAUUAUGUUAUUUCUGUUUAAUUUUUUAUAUUUUAAUACAAUAUUUUACUAAUUAAUAUUGUUGUAAUAAUAGUAAAAUUUUUAUAAAUUUAAAUUAGUUAUGACAAAUAUAAGGACCAUAAUAUAAAAUACAAAUAGUUUUGAAAUUAAGUUUGAAGUUUUGUUUUUGGAAAACAACAUCUUUAAACUUCGAAUAUAAAAUUUUAGAAACUUCAAAAUAGAGUGUUUUUUUGGAGAUGUUCUUAUAGUCGUAUAGAAACGGCGAAUUUAUAAUUUUAAGUAAAUAAAAUAUAGAGAAACAUUUUCACGUUUUCGUGUGGUUAAAAUAUACUCACGUUGGUAAAACUAUUUACAUGUAGUGACAUCAACUCUUAAGUCAAAUUAAGAAUCUAAUAUAUAAAGCAAUGAAGCCCUUUAUGUCAAACUUUAAACUUUGCUUCCUUUGAUGGCAAUCAUAUUAAUCAUUUUUAUACUUAGAGGAAGUGUCUUUCGACUUAAUUAUUGAUUGAAAAACUUACAUAUUUCACCGUAUAGGAUAAAAGUAAGGACGACCAUAGUGAGAAUCUUUUAACUACAAUUAAUUUUAAUCAUUAGUAUGAAUGUUUUAAAUGAUAAGAAUACCCAAUCUAAAGUUCAAUAAGAAAAUAAAAUUACAUUUUUUUUUAUCAACGAAAAUAAAAUUACAUUAAGAACUAAAUUUAUAACUGAGGCAUAGGACCUGCACUGUCUGCAUGAGCAGCACGUGUCUGUCUAGAAGUAGUCAAUGGCCAUGAUUCUGUAAUAAGCCACACAGGCUCUCACUGAGAGAAACUUCAGCUUUUAGCCUUGUUAACCUUUUAUAAACACAAAACCCUAUAAAGAUACACUGGCCACUCUCGUCUUCAGUGUGCUAAAAUGCCCACCUAAAUAAAUGUUAGUAUAAUAUUAUUACUUUGUUAUAUCUUUAAUGUGUCAACUCAUUUCUUUUUAUACUCUACAAAAGUUCCAAUUAUUGUUAAUUUAACUCUUAUAUAUACAUAUAUGAUGUUUUGGAAUUCAAAAUAGAAAUAUUGGGUCCACAAAAUUAGGUGGUAUAUUAUUAUCUCUUAGUUUGGUAAUUAAUUAAUAAGAAGUUUUUCUGCAGCCGUCAUUUCUAUCUCAUUUUAAUUGUGUGUAACUGUGUAUUAAUCUCCCCAGUUUACAAAUAUUAUAAGUUUGUACGACCCUUCAACAUUGUGCAAACAUUCUUAGAGAGAGAGAGAGAGACAGAGAGAUAAAGAGAGAGAACUAGUGAGAGAAAGAGAGAUGGGCCAUCACUCGUGCUGCAACAAGCAGAAGGUGAAGAGAGGGCUUUGGUCACCGGAAGAAGACGAAAAGCUCAUCAACUACAUCAAUACAUAUGGCCAUGGAUGCUGGAGCUCUGUUCCCAAACAUGCAGGUUUGCAGAGAUGUGGAAAGAGUUGUCGAUUAAGAUGGAUAAAUUAUCUAAGACCUGAUCUUAAACGUGGAAGCUUCUCUCCUCAAGAAGCUGCUCUUAUCAUUGAGCUUCAUAGCAUUCUUGGCAACAGAUGGGCUCAAAUUGCUAAACAUCUACCGGGAAGGACAGAUAAUGAGGUCAAGAAUUUCUGGAACUCAAGCAUAAAAAAGAAGCUCAUGUCUCACCAUUAUCACCAUCAUCAUGGUCAUCAUCAUCAUCAUACCUCUUCAAUGGCGAGUUUGCUCACUAACCUUCCUUAUCACAACGUAUUCAACGGUACUGUUGGCGACGAUGAAGGUUCAAGAUUCAUGUCCAGUUUCAUCGCAAACACAAACCCUAAUUUCAUCACUCCAAACCACCUCCCUCUUCCUUCUCAUGUUAUGACCCCAUUGAUGUUCCCAACCUCUAGAGAAGGAGACGUCAAGUAUCUAACCACUACCAACACAAACCAGUCCCAUCAAGAUAAUAACCUUUCCACCAAUCUCGACAUUUUUUCAGCCACACCAUUCAUAAACAAUCAUCAUCACCAUCAUGAUAAUGAUCCCCAAUGGCCAUCACUACCAGAUCUCCCAGCGAGUACCAUCUCCCCUUUUCACGAAAGCCUUCAUGAUUAUGACGAUGGUGAUAAACUCAACGUGUUUGUAACACCACACAACGAUAAUGGGGAUCCUCGGAACUUUCCUUUGGUGGCCACAAAGUUAUUAUGUGGACAAGUUCUUGAAGGCAAAGCAAUUUCACAAGAUCACUGCCUUCUUCUCCCAACAACUUACGACUUGCAAAUGCAUGGUGAUUAUCGACGAGUGGACUCAUACAUUAAUCACAUGGUCAUACCAUCAUCAUCAUCUUCAUCAUCGCCAAUCUCCUGUGGACAGUACGUCAUCACUUAAGCAAACCCUAGUCCUACUCUAUCAACAUGGGAUUCCUAGACAUGAGUACGUAAUAAAUAUAUACCUAUAUAUGAUAUAUAUACGUUUUUAUAUCUAUAUAUAAGGAGGAAAGAGAGAACAUAAAUAAUCACUCACAUGUGUUGAUAACUGUUUUCCAUAUCAAAAAUAUUCUACACUAUAGUAUAUAAGAAUUUGUGAUAUGUUACAUUUUCAGAAAUAUUGCAUCGUCUUUGUUUUAUGGGGGAAACAUAAAUGUUGCUAGUUCUUCUUCAGGUAUAUAGUCGUGAGUUUGUGGAAAAAAGGUUACCAUUACAUAUAAAGUUCGUCCUUAUACACUAUUAAUGAACACAUAUAAACACAUGUAUGUACAAUAUCUCUCUCGUCACCUACGUACAUAUGUGUUUGUAUAUGGUCAGUUUGUUUUAGCCUCUGUGGUGGAAAUUGCUGUCUUCAUCUUUGUUCUUGUCGCUUAUUGCAUUUCUCUAUCUAUGAUAUUAUGUGGGGUCAACCUUUGGACUGUCGUAAUUCAAUGCAAGUUUCAUGUACAAAUAUCAUUGGUCAACUUCGAGAUUCUCUUUUGAUCAAUUUUAAAUGAUUGUGGUGAAAAACAUAAUUAUUACCCUUUAACUUUAAUAUUUUUGUCUGUUACCUGAAGAUUUAAAGCAAUGAGAAUGUCAGCAUCAUGUAGAGAAAGAGAUUCCUUGACAAACUAUCCAUUAGAAAAGGAGCUACAUUGUAAUGUUGACAAAUGAAAAAGCAUAGACUUUUGAAAGUAUUACUUCACUUCGACUCCGAGAUUCAACAACACAUCAAAACAUGAAUAUUAAUACAUAGUAAUUUACUAAUUUAUAAGAUCGAAGUUUCUAGGCAGUGACUCUGUGACGACCUUGAGCUAUUCUCUGAGCUAUAUGACUCUUCGCCCACCUUUGGUUGCUUUGCUGGUCAAAAUCAGACAUUCACUAGUCGAGUAAGUAAACAGUUUGAUCACUCAAAACAUAAUGUACAAAUGUCAAAUUUUCUAUUAGUGCUAAACAACGAACUCCUCUAAGGUGAAUGAAGAAGAGCAGUGAAGAAGAGCAGUGAGUUUGAGGUGUUGAAAAGUUGAUUUACUACAUUUUUACUAAGGAAGAGUAAAUUAUAAACUCGUUUUCUUCCGGAUCGUUAUAUAUUUUAUUUCAGUUUUAUUUAAUAAUCUUUUCGAUUUUAACAUAUUUGAUUUUUAAAUUAUAAGUUCGUUUUCUUCCGGAUUUAUUUGAUUCAAACGGUUGACAUUUUAUUCGAAACUCUACUGUAGAACUCAAAAAGGAGGUUUAACACUAAGAUAUCUACCGAGCAAAGAAGCCAUGGUUACGUCUGCGCCUGAUAGUGCUUAGGUUGGAAUGUCCUAUUGGGAAAUAAAAGCAAUGGCUCACUUGUUGAAGGAUUGACUACACCACCAAGUACAAAGAUGAUAUCAAGCAAGCACCUCGCAGAGCAGCAAAGUUAGCAACUUUGGUACAUAGACUAAAGCCCAACAAACAAUAGACACAAAGCUGGAAUACUUUUUUUUUUUUUUUGUCAAACAGCUGGAAUACAUUAACAUUCUUUCACUAUAUGCAACUCAAGCUACAAGCAUUUUCUAACUCGCCAUGAUCAUGAUUCAAAAACCUAUAACACCGCACCAUGAUACAGUACUUCCACUAACAGCAAA